AUGAAGAUAUGUCUACGCUAUCUCGGUGAUCCUGGAUAUCAACACGGUAUUGGUCAGGAACUUGGUGUUAGUCAAGCAACGGUAUCUCGGACUGUAAAUAGAGUUGUGAACAGCAUAGUUGCACAGUCGAACGAAUGGAUCAAGUUUCCAACUACCAACCAUGCACUGAUGGAGGCCAAGCGGAUAUGGCAAAGCAUGUAUAAAUUUCCGGCAGCAAUUGGUGUAAUUGAUUGUCCACAUAUAGGAAUCCUGAAACCAAAUCGCCAUGGAGUUGAGUAUAUAACCGAAAAGGGAAACCUACUUUAA